ACCAGAGCAGCAAGGCACGCUCGCAUCUGCAACUGCAAGCAAGAAUCGUAACCUAGCCCAGCCAAUUAGCUGCGCCAAUAGGACUUGGUCAAUCCAAGGCGAUGACGAAGGACGUGGUGGUCGAGCACGGGGAGAGCUCCAAGGCGCCCCUGGUGGCGGCGCCGGCGGCGUCGGGCGUCGGCCGCGCCGCGUCCGUCGCCGACGUCUUCCUCCGGUUCCUCGCCAUCGUGGGCACCAUCGCUAGCGCCAUCUCCAUGGGCACCACCAACGAGACGCUCCCCUUCUUCACGCAGUUCAUCCAGUUCGAGGCCAAGUACAGCGACCUGCCCUCCUUCACGUUCUUCGUGGCGGCGAACGCGGUGGUGUGCACGUACCUGGUGCUGUCCAUCCCGCUCUCCAUCGUGCACAUCGUCAGGCCCAGGGCGCGCUACAGCCGCCUCGUCCUCGUCUUCUUCGACGCGGCGAUGCUGACCCUGCUGACGGCCGGCGCGUCGGCGGCGGCGGCGAUCGUGUACCUGGCGCACAAGGGCAACGUGCGGGCCAACUGGUUCGCCAUCUGCCAGCAGUUCGACUCCUUCUGCGAGCGCAUCUCGGGCUCCCUCAUCGGCUCCUUCGCCGCCAUGGUCCUGCUCAUAAUGCUCAUCUUCCUCUCCGCCUUCGCGCUCGCCAGGCGCCACUGAUCGAUACAUCCAGCACCACGCAUCAUCAGCAGUGGACACCUCAAAUCUCAAUGGAGAGAUGAAGGGGGGCGGGCUCUGUUCUCUUUUCCAGCCCUGGUCGAUUUGAUCGUGCAGUGCAUGCAGCAAUACUAAUGCACGCAUCUGCUUCUCUUGUGUGGUUUCUUUUCCACAGUUGUUCUUCUUUUGCUCCCUGCUGGUCUGAAUUGCUAGCUCUCUAUGCAUGUAGUAACUCUGUUCCUCCUGUUCGAAAAUGUGAUGAUGAUGCUCGAUAAGAAAAGGAGAUUUGUGAAUUAUACAGUGCAA